AUGCCUAGUCGUACGGACCUGGACUCUGGACUGUUGCCCGAGCAAGAUUCAAAUUUCAUUGCAUUCACCCAGAUAUGUGCUGAAAAGGGGAUUCUGGGCCGACCGGACGGCCUUGGAGAAGAUGAUUGCGCCCACGGUCUCUCAGACACAGCGACACUGUUGCGAUUUUUAACGGCGCGCCAAUAUAAUCCCAAUGCAGCGUUCGACCAGCUCCAGCAGGCCAUGAAAUUCCGACAAGAAAAGCAGGUCCUAGGACUUUAUGAUGCCAUUGAGAUUUCCGAUUUUGAACAGGCGCGACAAUUCUAUCCUCACUGGACAGGACGCAGAGAUAAACAAGGGUUCCCUAUCUGCAUGUUUGACCUGGCAAAGCUGGAUAAAGCCGGUUUGGCAAGCUGGGAAACCACCCGCAUCAGUGUAGGUUGGAGCGAUGCCGAGUCUGGCAAACCCGACAUGUUGCAGAUGGCCUCUGUCUUCCAUGAUGGCUUUGUCCGCUUUGUCCUCCCUCUCUGCACGAUGAUGACCGAUCGGCCGAACCCGUCAACUGCCAUAACAAGCUCGGUAUACCUUGUCGAUGCGUCGAGUCUGGGACUCAAACAAGGAUGGAGUCUCAAGAUGUUUGUCCAGGAAAUUAGUUGGUUGCUGUCAACUUGCUAUCCCGAAACCAUCACACGGGUGUUUGUUUGCAAUGCUCCAUCAUACUUCACCACCAUUUGGAAAUACCUGAAGACAUGGGUAGACCCAAACACUGCAGAGAAGGUGGUUGUAUUGACCAGCGCUGAGGUCAUGUCUACUCUUGAGAACCACAUCGACAGUGUAAAUAUCCCUACUGCCUUGGGUGGAGAGCACGAUUUCAAACACGGAAUGCUGCCUUCCCUGGAUGACAACCUUCGAGCCUUUUUCCAGUGGACAUCUCCUGAGAUAUCGCUGCCCCCAGGGCCUAUCAAGUUUUCUGAAGAGCCCAAUGGAACGAUUCGGGCCAUAGGCGUUGGCAGCCUGGAAGGUAUGAAGAGACGAGAUGUGAUUUUCUUCACGCGCAUGAGUACAAUAGAGUAA